GGCGACCGCAAACCCUAACCAUUCUUUUAGUUUCUCUCUCUAGGGUUUCGUCUUCCCCAUCGGACCUUCUAUAUUAUCUUCCGCUCUCCCUAUUUGACGGACAAAUUUAUUGCCACGGCAUUGGAGGAGGAACCUUAGGUAGAUGGGAACGGAGAGGAAGAGGAAGGUGAGCCUGUUUGAUGUAGUGGACGAGACGGCUGUUUCCGGGAAGAUGUCCAGAGCCAACGGCGGGGGAACGGCCACUGCCGCGGUCGCUUCGACGAUUAACAGGUGGAAUGGAAGGCCUUAUUCCCAGAGGUAUUAUGAGAUUUUAGAGAAGAGGAAGUCUCUCCCUGUCUGGCACCAGAAAGAGGAGUUUUUGCAGGCGCUUAGAACCAAUCAGACCCUAAUUCUUGUCGGUGAAACUGGUAGUGGUAAAACCACUCAGAUUCCCCAGUUCGUACUGGAUGCUGUAGAGAUAGAGACUGCAGAUAAACGUAGGAAGUUCAUGGUUGGAUGUACACAGCCUCGCAGGGUGGCUGCAAUGUCUGUUUCAAGGAGGGUUGCUGAAGAGAUGGAUGUGACAAUUGGAGAGGAAGUAGGUUAUAGUAUACGUUUCGAGGAUUGUAGCAGUGCACGGACUGUAUUAAAGUACUUAACAGAUGGUAUGCUUUUAAGAGAAGCCAUGACAGAUCCAUUGCUGGAGAGAUAUAAAGUGAUAAUUCUUGAUGAGGCUCAUGAGAGAACUUUGGCAACAGAUGUUCUAUUUGGGCUUCUGAAGGAAGUGUUGAAAAACAGACCUGACCUGAAACUAGUAGUUAUGAGUGCCACUCUAGAGGCUGAAAAGUUUCAAGGCUACUUUUUUGGUGCACCACUCAUGAAAGUUCCUGGAAGGCUUCAUCCAGUCGAGAUCUUUUAUACCCAGGAGCCUGAGAGGGAUUACCUCGAAGCUGCUAUAAAGACUGUAUAUCAGAUACAUGCGUGUGAACCUCCUGGUGAUAUACUUGUUUUCCUGACCGGUGAAGAGGAAAUCGAAGAUGCAUGUAAAAAAUUAGCUAAGGAAAUAGCUAAUGCUGGGGAUCAAGUAGGACCAGCUAAAAUAGUGCCACUGUAUUCAACACUUCCUCCAGCAAUGCAGCAGAAGAUUUUUGAACCCGCUCCACCUCCGGCUGUGGAAGGUGGUCCUCCAGGAAGAAAGAUUGUUGUUUCUACAAAUAUUGCUGAAACCUCUUUGACAAUUGAUGGCAUAGUUUAUGUCAUAGACCCUGGGUUUGCAAAACAAAAAGUCUACAAUCCACGAAUUCGUGUUGAGUCUCUGUUGGUUUCUCCUAUAUCAAAGGCUAGUGCCCAUCAACGGUCAGGACGUGCUGGAAGAACGCAGCCUGGAAAAUGUUUCAGGCUCUACACUGAAAAGAGUUUCCACAAUGACCUUGCACCGCAGACCUAUCCAGAGAUAUUAAGGUCAAACCUUGCGAACACUGUUCUAACUUUGAAAAAACUGGGGAUAGAUGAUCUGGUGCAUUUUGAUUUUAUGGAUCCACCUGCUCCGGAGACUCUGAUGAGAGCAUUGGAGGUUCUGAAUUACUUAGGAGCCCUCGAUGAUGAUGGGAACUUGACCAAGUUGGGUGAAAUCAUGAGUGAGUUUCCCUUGGAUCCUCAGAUGGCGAAAAUGCUGGUUGUCAGUCCAGAAUUUAAUUGUUCCAACGAGAUCCUCUCUAUAUCUGCUAUGCUUUCAGUACCCAAUUGCUUUGUCCGGCCUAGGGAGGCUCAAAAAGCUGCAGAUGAAGCAAAAGCUCGUUUUGGGCACAUCGACGGAGAUCAUCUCACGCUGUUGAAUGUGUAUCAUGCUUACAAACAAAAUAAGGAAGAUCCACAGUGGUGCUAUGAGAAUUUUAUCAAUCAUAGAGCACUGAAGUCUGCAGACAAUGUCAGACAGCAGCUAGCUCGCAUUAUGGCCAGAUUCAAUUUGAAGCUAUGCAGUACAGACUUUAACAGCCGUGAUUACUAUGUGAAUAUCAGGAAGGCUAUGCUGGCUGGAUACUUUAUGCAGGUUGCCCAUUUAGAGCGGACUGGGCACUAUCUAACUGUGAAAGACAACCAAGUUGUUCACUUACAUCCUUCAAAUUGCCUGGACCAUAAGCCGGAGUGGGUUAUCUACAAUGAAUAUGUCCUAACAAGCAGGAACUUCAUUCGUACAGUAACGGAUAUUCGUGGCGAAUGGUUGGUUGAUGUCGCACCGCAUUACUAUGACCUUUCCAACUUUCCCAAUUGUGAAGCAAAGCGCCAACUAGAGAAACUGUAUAAGAAGCGGGAGAAUGCGAGGGAAGAGAGCAGGAAUAAGAAAUGAAGUGAUAUGCGUGGAGGAAGACCUGAAGAUCUUCAUGGAAGUCUCCUCCGCAUUUUGGUUGAGCACAACCCCCCCCCCCCCCUGGUGGAGCGCGCUUCAAUGUUUCAAGUUCAAAGAAUAGUGGCAUAUUAUUGUAACAUUCACAUUAAUCAGUUUGUAUGGAUGCUAAAAUUGUGUACCCUGUGGUAAUGAGUAAUACAGCUUUUAAGUUUGGUGAACCCUGUUACAAAACAAACUACUUUAGCAUCAGAAUUGUCAUUCCCACAAUGGUAGAAGUGAAAAAUGGAGUGAUAAAUGUGUAAGAUGCCUGAAUUGGGUACUCGUCUGUAGAAUGAUUCGGCGGAUGGACCGGGAAAGGUGGCAAGUUCCCGAAUAUUCAUCGGCCGUGUUGUGUUUAUGGGUAGAAGAACUAAAAGGUAGUUCCAUGGCU